AUGCAGCCCACCAGGAUAUUGUUCAAGCGUUCCGUAUGGAAAGGACCGCACAUCGUGCCCCUCCCCAUUGUCCGCCCCCAGGCCGGCAAGAAGGCGCCCAUCAUCAGGACGCAGCAGCGCUCCGCCACUAUCCUGCCCAACUUUGUGGGCCUCAAAUUCCAGAUCUACAACGGCAAAGUCUACCACGACGUGACCAUCACCGAGGACAUGGUCGGACACAAGCUGGGAGAGUUCUCGCCCACAAGGAAGCCCUUCAUCUGGUCUAGGGCGUAA